AUGAGACGACAAACGAGAUUCCAGUUCUUCGCAAGAAUUUCUUCGCGAGCGGUUGUAGAUUAUUCUGAUAGUAGUGCCCAUAAAGGUGCUAAUUUUGCCGCCAAGGUCAAGAGAAGAUUGUUUAUGAAAAUAUGGUACCAAAACUUAUCAAAAUAUAAACUGUACUACAAGUUGAAAAUAUGGACAAAAAGGUAUGAUGAAGCAGAGUUGCUGUCAACUUCUGCUUCGUCAUUUAAUCUUGAAGACACGAAAGCUUUAAAUGUGAUAUUCGAUGGCUCAGAAGAUUCAAAGUGUGGUUCCUGGUCUCGAUGA